CGCCCCCAGCAGGCGCAGUACACCCUUCAGAUACACCACCAUGGCUGUGUUUGCCACCUAAAAGUCAUCAGAAAUGACUGAUGGAAAGAGAGCAGCUAUAAUCACAGAAAAAAGCCAAUGUACUACUUUAUAAGCUGUUUUCCAUGCAUAACGUGGUGUGCGUGACGUGUUGCUGAUGUGUUUCUGGUGUGUAUCCAGUGGGAAACUGACAUGAUCCUGAUGUGUGCUUGGCAUGUACCUAGUGUGUUCCAGGCAUGUGCCUGGCAUGUGCCUACUGUGUUCCAGGAGUGUGCCCAGUGUACUUGCCGUGUGUCUUACGUGUUCCUGGCGUGUGCCAGGUGUGUGCAUGCAGUGUUCCUGGCGUGUGCCAGGUGUGUCCCUGCAGUGUUCCUGGCGUAUGCCAGGUGUGUGCCUGCAGUGUUCCUGGUGUAUGCCAGGUGUGUCCCUGCAGUGUUCCUGGCGUAUGCCAGGUGUGUGCCUGCAGUGUUCCUGGCCUGUGCCAAGUGUGUCCCUGCAGUGUUCCUGGCGUGUGCCAAGUGUGUGCCUGCAGUGUUCCUGGCGUGUGCCAGGUGUGUGCAUGCAGUGUUCCUGGCGUGUGCCAGGUGUGUGCCUGCAGUGUUCCUGGCGUGUGCCAGGUGUGUGCAUGCAGUGUUCCUGGCGUGUGCCAGGUGUGUGCCUGCAGUGUUCCUGGCGUGUGCCAGGUGUGUGCAUGCAGUGUUCCUGGCGUGUGCCAGGUAUGUGCCUGCAGGGUUCCUGGCGUGUGCCAGGUGUGUGCAUGCAGUGUUCCUGGCGUGUGCCAGGUGUGUGCCUGCUGUGUGCCCCAUUCAUGUGUGAGUGUGAAGUGAAAAACGACACAAGCCAAUGAAAAUGGC